AUGGCUUCGCGACCUCAAAACAUCGGCAUCAAAGCCAUUGAAAUCUACUUUCCAAGUCAGUGCGUGGACCAAGCCGAUCUGGAGAAGUUCGACGGUGUCUCGGCCGGUAAAUACACCAUUGGCCUGGGGCAGACAAGAAUGUCCUUCUGCGACGACAGAGAAGACAUUUAUUCCAUCGCCCUUACCACUCUGACGAGUCUGAUCUCAAAGUACUCUAUCGAUCUGAAAAAUGUUGGGAGGCUAGAAGUUGGCACAGAAACCAUGCUGGACAAGAGCAAAAGUGUGAAAUCAGUGUUGAUGCAACUAUUCGAAGAGUCGGGCAACUUCAACGUUGAGGGCGUCGACUCGUACAAUGCUUGCUAUGGCGGUACAAACGCAGUCUUCAACUCUCUCAACUGGAUCGAAUCAUCUGCAUGGGACGGAAGAGACGCUCUCGUGGUUGCCGGCGACAUUGCCCUUUACAAGAAAGGGAACGCUCGUCCAACUGGUGGCGCCGGCUGCGUGGCCAUGUUGAUCGGCCCAGAUGCUCCCGUUGUCUUCGAAGCUGGUCUCCGGGGUUCCUACAUCACCCAUGCCUACGAUUUUUACAAGCCUGAUCUGACCAGUGAAUAUCCUUAUGUUGACGGACAAUUUUCCCUGAGGUGCUACACCGAGGCCGUUGAUGCAUGCUACAGAGCGUACAAUGCCCGGGAGAAAGCACUCAAGUCACAGGCUAAUGGCGUCAAUGGACAUGCGCAUGUUAAUGGAAACAGCGCGCACAAGGAAGAUGACGAGAAGGCACCUAUGGAUCGAUUCGACUAUAUGGCCUUCCACGCCCCCACCUGCAAACUUGUCUCCAAAUCCUACGCCCGGCUGCUGUACAACGAUUUCCUCGAAGAUCCAAGCCACCCCCAGUUCAAGGAGGUUGCACCCGAGCUGCGGGAUUUGGACUACCAGGCAUCUCUGACGGACAAGACUGUCGAGAAGACCUUUAUGGCCUUGACAAAGAAGCGCUUUGCCGAACGAGUGCAGCCUGCCAUUCAAGUGGCCACCAUGUGUGGUAACAUGUACUGUGGCAGCGUUUACGGUGGGCUUGUCGGAUUGAUCAGCAAUAUUGCCCCGAAAACACUUCAUGGCAAGAGAGUUGGAGUCUUCAGUUACGGCAGUGGUCUCGCUAGCUCCAUGUUUAGCCUAAAGGUCGUUGGUGACACGACAGAAAUGGCCACAAAGCUCAAUCUUCAGGAACGACUAGACGCCCGACGGGUCGUUGCACCUGAAGUGUAUGACGAAAUGUGUAUGCUCCGAGAAAAGGCCCAUCUCAAGAAGGAUUUCAAACCAUCGGGUGAUGUCGAGCAUCUUGUGCCGGGAACAUACUACCUGACCGAGGUCGACGAGAUGUUCCGACGAAAGUAUGAGGUCAAGGCAUGA